AUAAUAUAGUGCGAAAGGCAGCCUGUCUCACAAGCUCCCCAGGCUUGCUACCAUUUAAAAUCAGACUCUUUUUGUCUUUUGAUUGCUGCCUCGAGACCGAGACCCAACUCCGAUGUGUUCCGUUAUCAGCGACCAGCAGCCUGCCAUUGCAGCCCCUGUCUGGGUGGGGAUCGGCGGCGAGUCCCCCGCAGCAGCGGCGGGCAAGGUUAUAUAGAAAGAGAAAGAGCCAGGCAGCGCGCGAGCGAGCGAGCGAGCGAGCGAGCCCAGCGAGACAGGGAGAGCGCAAGGGAGAGCGCACACGCACACACCCGCGCGCACUUGCUCGCGCACAGACCCGCGGGGACAGCUCGGAAGUCACCAGGUUCCAUGGACGAGAUGCUGCUGCUGGCGAGAUGUCUGCUCGUGGUCCUGGUCUCCUCGCUGCUGGUGUGCUCGGGGCUGGCGUGCGGACCCGGCAGGGGAUUUGGCAAGAGGCGCCACCCCAAAAAGCUGACCCCUUUAGCCUACAAGCAGUUUAUUCCCAAUGUGGCCGAGAAGACCCUGGGGGCCAGCGGCAGAUAUGAAGGGAAGAUCUCCAGAAACUCUGAGCGAUUUAAGGAACUCACCCCCAAUUACAACCCCGACAUCAUAUUUAAGGAUGAAGAAAACACGGGAGCAGACAGGCUGAUGACUCAGAGGUGUAAGGACAAGCUGAAUGCCUUAGCCAUCUCUGUGAUGAACCAGUGGCCAGGAGUGAAGCUUCGGGUAACUGAGGGCUGGGACGAGGAUGGCCACCACUCGGAGGAGUCACUGCACUAUGAGGGUCGUGCUGUGGACAUCACCACAUCUGACCGUGACCGGAGCAAAUAUGGCAUGCUGGCCCGCCUGGCUGUGGAGGCCGGCUUUGACUGGGUGUACUAUGAGUCCAAGGCCCAUAUCCACUGCUCCGUGAAAGCAGAGAACUCGGUGGCGGCUAAAUCCGGCGGCUGCUUCCCUGGCUCAGCCACGGUGCACCUGGAGCAGGGUGGCACCAAGCUGGUGAAGGACUUGCGUCCCGGGGACCGCGUGCUGGCUGCUGACGACCAGGGCAGGCUGCUCUACAGCGACUUCCUCACCUUCCUGGACCGCGACGACGGCGCCAAAAAGGUUUUCUACGUGAUAGAGACGCGGGAGCCGCGCGAGAGACUGCUGCUCACCGCCGCGCACCUGCUCUUCGUCGCGCCGCACAACGACUCCGCCGGGGACCCCGAGGCGCCGUGGGGCACGGGGCUGCCACCGGGGCGCCGGGCGCUCUUCGCCAGCCGCGUGCGUCCAGGCCAGCGUGUGUACGUGGUGACCGAGAAGAGCGUCACGCGCCCGGGGCCGGCGGCGCGCCCAGGCACCCCCGCGCCUCCCGACUCCGCCCCUUCCCCGCCCACCACGGGCAUCCACUGGUACUCCCAGCUGCUCUACCAAAUUGGCACCUGGCUGUUGGACAGCGAGGCCCUGCACCCGCUGGGCAUGGCGGUCAAGUCCAGCUGAAGUCCAGGCGGACGGGAGGGGCGGGGGCGGGGCGCGGGAAGCGACAGCGAGAUAAAGCAAACGACACACGGGAAACGCGCACGGAAUGAGACUUUUAAUUAUAAUAAUAAUUAAUAAUAAUAAUAAAGUAGGACAGUCCAAAGUAGACUAUAAGGAAACAGAGACCACGGGGAGCUUUGUUGUUGUGUUUAGUUUAUAUAUAUAUUUUUUGAAUUUUUUGGUUAUUGUUUUAUUUUGGUUAUUUUUCUCCUCUCCUGGCUAUUUAUUUGUUUGGUAUGAAUAGAUGUUUUAAAUAAUAUGAACCGGACCUUCAAGAGCCUUAACUAGUUUGUGUCUUGGAUAAUUUAUUAUUAUCAUGUGAACUGUACUCACGGGGGGGGGGGGAGAGAUUAUUUUGUGAGGCCAAGCAACCUGCUCAGAGUCUAUUUUUCUACGUGCCCCUGGGCCUGAGUGUCAGAAGGCAGAAUUCUGUGCUCUCCGUCCCUCCUCUGCUAGGCUCCUGCUUUUCGGCAAGUGUAAACUAAAACAUGCUUCAUGGGGGUCCACAAAUUAUAUUUUUAUACACAGAAUUGUAAAUUAGAUUUUUGAGAGAUCAAUACUUAAUGACAUUUCAUUUUUUGAAAUAGUGUAAAAAUAUGAAAUAUAUUAUUUUAAUUUAACUAGUUUCCAAUGUAACAGCCAUCACCUGUACUGUCUUCAUGGUUUAAUAUUGCAUUGUAAUCAUCAUUUUGGCCACAUUCUUGAAAAACCAAGACUGUCUCUCUGUCUCUUUCUCCUUCUCUCUUUCCCUUCCCCCCCCCUCUGUCACACACAUACAUACAUACACACACACACACACACUCACACACAUACACUUUUUUUUGACAAACUGGAAGAACUGUUAUUUUUAACUUCAAAGAAUUUAUUAGAAAAUAUUUUUUAAAAGUGCACAUAGUGAUGAGCCCACAAGGAUGGAGCCUGUAGUUUGUACAGAGAAAAAAAAAAGGAUGUUUUUGCAUUAAUAAAUUGAGAAAUAACUGCUGUAAAUUUACUAAAAUGUAUUUUUGAAUAUUUUGUAAUAGUUUUAUAGAAAUAAAACGUGCCACGCUCAGCCCGGCUAGUGUAUAAUAACUAAGAA